GCCGAGGAGUUGUUGAACCGCUUUCUUUUUUUCUGCUGACAGGAUUUGGUCACGGUCUUUUGUCUGUUGCACGUAUCCCGCCCUCCCAAUUUGCUUCCCGUCCCUCCCAUCCUUGGAUCCAGUCUUGUGGGCUUUAACGUCAGUCCUCUCACCCCGCCGUGAGUCCCCUCCCGGUCCACGGGCACGGAGGCGGUAACUAUGGAAAAUAUGGCGGAGGAGGAGCUGCUACCUCUGGAGGAGGAGGAGGAGGUGGCUCAGGUCCGGGUCCCGUCUUCGGCCGCGGACUCGGCUCGGGUCCCAGCUCCGGCCCCAGAUUCGGCUCCGGCCUCGGAUCCGACUCCGGCCUCGGCUCUAGCCCCGGCCCUUACCCUGGCCCAGGCUCCGGCCCUGUCCCCGUCCCUAGCCUCGGCCCCCGAGGAAGCCGAAAGCAAUGGUCUAGUUAGUCCUUUGAAGUCAACCAUAACUAGGCAAGAUGAAGAUGUCGUAUCAGAAAUAGAACUGAAAACUGAGGAAAAAGUAACUGAAGAAGUUGCCAAAGAGCCUCCUAACAUCUUGGACUCCUCUAAUUUAACAAGAGAGAGACACAUCUCAAUUCAAAGGCAGCUUGCUGACCUAGAGAAGUUAGCUUUCAUACCUGAAGGAGAUUUUGAGUCUACCAGUUCAUUGAACUCAGAUAAUCUUGACGCAGGAAAUAAACAGGCUUGUCCAUUGUGCCCUGUGGAGAAAUUCAGAGCUUGUAAUAGUCAUAAGCUUCGUCGUCACCUUCAAAAUUUACACUGGAAAGUCUCAGUUGAAUUUGAAGGUUACAGGAUGUGCAUUUGUCACUUACCUUGUCGACCAGUAAAACCAAAUGUUAUUGGAGAACAGGUAUCCAGUAAAAUGGGUGCCCAUUAUCAUUGUAUCAUUUGCUUGGCAACAAUCUCCAGAAGGACUGAUAUGCUAGGACAUAUUAGGCGCCAUGUGAAUAAAGGAGAGACUAAAUCCAGAUAUAUUGCUGCUUCUACCAUGAAACCAUCUAAUGAAAUUUUGAAGGAGACAGACACAGAUGUACAAGUUUGUCCUAACUAUUCUGUACCUCAGAAAACGGACUCCUAUUUUAAUCCCAAAAUGAAACUAAAUCGGCAGCUAAUAUUCUGUACAUUGGCCGCUUUGGCUGAGGAACGAAAACCUUUGGAGUGCCUGGAUGCUUUUGGAGCCACUGGAAUAAUGGGAUUACAGUGGGCAAAACACCUUGGAAAUGCAGUCAAAGUUACAAUUAACGACUUGAAUGAAAAUUCUGUGACAUUAAUUCAGAAAAACUGCUAUUUAAAUAAAUUGAAAGUGGUGGUGGACAGUAAAGAAAAGGAGGAAGGUGAUCCUCUUGGAGAAGAGGAGGAAAAUCUUGGUAAUAUUCAGGUGACCAAAAUGGAUGCCAAUGUACUGAUGCAUUUGAGAUCUUUUGAUUUCAUACACCUAGACCCUUUUGGAACAUCAGUAAACUAUCUAGACUCAGCAUUCAGAAAUGUAAGAAACCUUGGCAUAGUGUCUGUGACGUCUACAGAUAUCAGCUCCUUAUAUGCCAAGGCACAGCACGUUGCCCGACGUCACUACGGAUGUAAUAUUGUCCGAACUGAGUAUUACAAGGAACUAGCAGCCCGAAUUGUUGUAGCUGCAGUGGCAAGAGCUGCAGCCCGAUGCAACAAAGGCAUAGAAGUGCUGUUUGCAGUGGCUCUGGAACAUUUUGUGUUGGUAGUUGUGAGAGUUUUGAGGGGGCCUACUUCAGCUGAUGAGACAGCCAAGAAAAUUCAAUACCUGAUCCAUUGUCAGUGGUGUGAAGAAAGAAUUUUUCAGAAAGAUGGUAAUAUGGUAGAAGAAAACCCAUAUAGACAACUGCCCUGUAACUGUCAUGGAAGCAUGCCUGGAAAGACAGCAAUAGAACUUGGACCUCUGUGGUCCAGUUCCCUUUUCAAUACAGGAUUCCUCAAAAGAAUGCUAUUUGAAUCACUUCAUCAUGGUUUAGAUGACAUUCAGGCCCUCAUAAAGACAUUAAUCUUUGAAUCAGAGUGUACACCUCAAAGUCAAUUUUCAGCUCAUGUAACUUCAAAUUUCAAUAAGCAAGAAGAGAACGGUGUAUUUAUCAAAACUACAGAUGAUACCACAGUAGAUAAUUACAUUGCACAAGGAAAGAGAAAAAGUAAUGAAAUGAUUACAAAUUUAGUCAAGAAGCAAAAGACUGAUGUCAAUACUGAACAUCCUCCUUUUUAUUACAAUAUUCACAGACACAGCAUUAAAGGAAUGAAUAUGCCAAAAUUAAAAAAGUUCUUGUGCUAUCUUUCUCAAGCAGGCUUUCGAGUAAGCCGAACUCAUUUUGACCCAAUGGGUGUUCGUACAGAUGCACCUCUGAUGCAGUUUAAAUCUAUCCUUUUAAAGUACAGCACCCCCACUUACACCGGAGGACAGUCAGAAGGCCAUGUUCAGUCAGCAUCUGAAGAUACAGUAGCUGAUAGAGUUGACACGUCAGUGAACGAUAAAGCAGAGGCCAGUGGCUGCAGAAGAUGGUAAAUGUAGGUAAAUGUGGAUGAGCUUUUAUUCUCAGGAGUCUGGAUAGAUGGCCCAGAAGUUCUACACCAGCUGUAGUUCUAUUUUUUCAAUUCAGUUGUAUAAAAAUAAAAAAGAAAACCAACAGUGCUGUUUUCAUUCAGAAAAUUAGCUAUUUCUAAGUUAGCUGGUUUGGGAGCUUUGCUUCUCAUGUUUUUCUUAUGUUAAAAAAAAUUAAUGGAAACAUUUCAUAAAGUUUCUGACUGGGAUCACCCUACUGUUUUUAUGUUUGGGAAUUUCGGUAUAUUAUGGAAGCUAUUUACUUUUAUUUUUGUUGUCUUUGGGAUCAAACCCAAGAUUGGUAGGCAGCAAUCCACCAAGCAACACCCCAUGGUUCAAAUAAUUCUGCCUCAGCCUCCUGAGUAGCUGGAACUAUAGGCACAAACUACUGUGCCCACCUUAUUCCUUACUGUUCCUAAUCACUUAUAUAUUUUAACUAAUACAUGUUGUUUCUCUGUACGCAUAUACAAAAUGAAGCUGAAGCCUUUGUAUAUUAAAAUGACCCUGAAUAGAAGAGGAGGAAAAAUAUUCUUCCAGGUCACUCAAGUAUUUCACAAGUACAACACUGAAAUACUUCCCUAUUUUUAAGAAAUCAUACUUCUCCAUACUGAUCUUUUUUAUUACUAGCUUUUGAGAAGAAAUACUUGUCUGAGACAAAUUUUUUAUAAGUUCAUAGUCUAGAUGACUAAACUUCAGAGUAGGACUUUUGUCAAAAUAAGUACAUUAUUCUAAUAUAUAAUAACUUCACAAGUAAUAAAAAAAAGCACGAUAGAGAUUUUAUGAUAAACAGUUUGGGUGAUCUCAUGGAACUCUGUCAAUGCACGUACAAUAGCCACUGCCUAGCUGUGCCACUACUCAGAAGUAAAAUUUUUCACCUUAUUAAGUGAGUUGUUUUGCAGGGGGGGAAUUUUUUUUCUUUAUUUUUGGUUUUGGUUUUUUGAAGUUUGUGUGUACAUUUUUGUAUAAAUAGCUCAGGCUAACAUUCUAUAAAAAUUAGUUGGAAAAAAAUCAUUCUUGCCACAUUUGAAUAUGAGUUUAGAUGAAAGGGUUUGUAUAAACUUUAGUUUUUUGACUGAAGGAUUUAGUCCAUGUUUACCUUUAAGUA